AUGGAAGGCACAAAGAACUGGUACAACAAGCAAUACGAGGCCUGGGUGCCGUGGAUCGAAGACAAAGUCCUGGGUUGGUGGGGUGAGAACAAGACCAGUUAUGUCGCCAAAGACAAACUCGGGCAGACCAAGAUCACUGGAGACAAGAACGUUGAUGCUAUCCAAGACGGCGUGAAUGAGGGUGUCGGUGGACAAUUCGGCAAAGGCGGCGUCCUGGAGGGCGUGGGCAACUUGACAUCAAAAGAAGUCUUCACGCGCUCGGAGCGGCAAGGGAAGGACGACAAGGGCGGAUACAUCUAA